AUGGGAUUUUUGAAAGUAAAUGGUACUAAGAUUGUCGGUUCGGAUGGAAAGCCAGUGGUUUUGAAGGGAACAGCCACAGGAGGGCACUUGAACAUGGAAAACUUCAUCACUGGUUACCCAGGCCAUGAAACUGAGCAUAAGCAAGUGAUGGAGUCAAAAAUGGGCACCGAAAAAUUUAACUACUACUUUGACAAAUUUUACGAGUACUUCUGGACAGAGAAAGACGCCAUUUUUUUCAAAGAAGAGUUGAAUUUGAACUGUUUGCGUAUCCCUUUCAACUAUCGCCACUUUAUUGACGAUAAUGAUGACUUGUUCAAGGUCAAGCCUCAAGGUUUUUUGCUCUUAGACAGAGUGGUGGAAAGCUGUGCCAAGCAUGGCAUCUAUACUAUCUUAGAUAUGCAUGCUGUUCCUGGUGGCCAAAACCAAGAUUGGCAUUCUGAUUCGGGAAUUCACAAGUCAUUAUUCUGGGACUUCAAAGUUUUUCAAGAUGCUAUUAUUCACUUGUGGAAGAAAAUUGCUGAACACUACAAAGACAACGUAUGGGUUGCAGGUUACAAUCCAUUGAAUGAACCUGCUGUUGCAGAUCAUUCUAAAUUGGUGAAUUUCUACAAUAGCUUGGAGAAGGAAAUUAGAAAUGUGGACCCCAACCACAUUCUAUUCUUGGACGCAAACACAUACGCUAUGGAUUUCCGCCAGUUUCCAAAGACGCCUUGGCCAAAUUGUGUUUAUUCCAUUCACGAUUAUUCUACAUAUGGAUUCCCAGGUUAUGAAAAAGAUACUUAUGCUGGCACUGAUGAGCAGAAAGCGAAAUUAGAAAGCCAAUACAACCGCAAGUUGGAAUAUAUGAGGGCGGCUGGUGUUCCGGUUUGGAAUGGUGAAUUUGGUCCCGUUUAUGCUUCUGAAGUGAGGGGAGAUUCCGAACCUGAGAAAACUAAUCGUGCUAGAUACCAAGUCUUGAAGGACCAAUUGCUGAUUUAUAAAAAAGGAGAUCCUAGUGGAGAUGGAUCUCCUAUUUCUUGGUCCAUUUGGGUUUACAAAGACAUUGGGUUCCAGGGUCUUGUCUAUGUUGAUCCGAAGUCCAAAUUUUUUGAAGUAUUCGAGAAAUGGUUCUUGAAGAAAAAGAAGUUGGGUUUGGAUCGUUGGGGAAACGAUAUUGACAAGGAAAAUGCAAAGUUGUACGAUGCUUUGGUUGGACACAUGAAGGAAAAUAUUCCUGAAAAGUAUCAAAAAGCUCUUUAUCCUCAUAACUGGUCCAUUAAGGAUUACGUUGCUCGUGUUGCUAGGGACAUGUUGUUUUCUCAAUACGCCCAGCAUGAAUAUGCUGAUCUUUACGCCCAACUCUCUUUCGAGGAUUUGGAUGAAUUGGCUAGCUGCUUCAAAAUCGAGAACUGCGUCAAGAGAGAAGAGCUCAACUCCAUUUUGAGAGAGUAUUAG